AUGAUCGUUGCUCCGGCGGCGCUUAAACUGGUGCUGCCCGUUCCGCCAAGUCAUGGAGCGCAUGCUACAGGCAAGCGCAGCCUGGGCAGCGCCGCGCCUCUCGCGGCUGCUGCAGCGGCAGCCCAGGCAUUGCGCCCACGCCCUGGGCGUCAACGUUCGGCGGCUGCCUCGCAGGGGGUCGCUGUGGAGUGGCAAACUCUACGGUCACGCAUCGUUGAGACUCCCACGGGAAAGGAGCUCGUCCAGGCGCAGGAAGAAAUCUCUUCAGGCCUCCGAUGCCAUCCAGAUGCCGAGGUACGCUAUUUCGGCUCCAGCCGACAAACACCUCGGGUGACAUUCUAUCGGGACUCGGCUGCGCUGUGCCCCCGCUGCCAGGCAGUUUGGCUGCUCCUUGAAGCGAAGCGUAUUGACUACAUCGUGGUCAAAGAAAAUCUUCCGUCAUACGGGGAGAGAAGCGAGGCCUUUCUAAGGAAGGUUCCUCGUGGUGCUCUGCCUGCCAUUGAGAUCGACGGUCGUUGGGCAACUGAUAGCCUUGAUGCCAUGUUCCUUUUGGAGCGCACCUUUCCAAAUCCAGAGCGGCCGAUGAUCCCCGGCUUCUCGCGACUGCGGGGCCGGGCGAUCGAGCUGCUAGAGCUGCAGCGAGCAGUUCACUCAGCCUGGUGCAACUACCUCUUCCGCGCCGAGAUGUCCUUUGUUAACGAGCCUGCUGUGGAUUUCGCCGCUGCUUUGGGACAGGUCCAGACUGCCUUGGAGAGGGAUCCAGACAAUCCGUGGUUCCUGCCCUACGAGCAUCCGACAAUCGUGGAUAUCCAGUAUGUCUGCACGAUGGAAAGAAUAGUGGCCAGCGCUUUCUUCUACAAGGCCAUGGAUGUCCGUGCGGAUUUUCCGGGAAUCGACCGAUGGCUUCGGGCCUUCGAGGAGCUCCCAUGGUACCGGGCCACGCGGGGAGACUACUACAGUCUCUGCAUGGCCCUGGAGCCGGCUUAUGGAGAGCCGCAACCUAGCCCGAUGAACAACUCGAGCCGGACGGAUUGGAGAAAGCUGCUGCCAGAGAACUACAGACUGCCUUUUGCAUUGAGGCGUGAUGUGGAACUGACGGCAGCCGAAGCCUCUUCAAUCCUACGGCGCCCCUUUGUGGAGGCCGCUUGGAAGCUGGUGCAAAACCACGAUGAGGUUGCGCGGUACUGCUGCCGAGCUGUGGGUGGCGAGGCCGGUGCCUUCGCCGCGCGGGCCCCGACACGCUCCAGACUGGCAGAUCCCAAGGCGGCCAUCGUUGAGGGGCUGCUGGAACCACUCGACGCUCUCCUUUGCAGCGUAGCGCAGAUGCUCUUCGACGAGGCGCCCGUGGAGGAUUUGCAGUCACAGAUGCAGAAACGAGUGCAGGUGUAUGGCAUUCCGGAAAACCUGCGACCACGCUUGGCGUCCUGUUUGGCGUAUUUGCGCGAUCGGAUUGGCGUUCCCCGUGAUCUUCCACUUCCUGCGGCGAAGAUGUUGAGAGCAUAUAUGGCUGAAGCAUACACUAUACUGAGGCAGCCGAUGCGGUGA